CCAAGUCACAUUUCAGAAGAGCCCUUUCCCCACCCCAAGCAAGUUUCCCUCGAACCGGAAAUCUCUCCGGCGCCACCGCCGCCAUGCUCCGCCUCCGAAGCUGCAUCCUCUCCGGCAUCGUCUCUUCUCCCUCCACCUCUCUCCACCGCCUCCUCGCCGCCGCCGCGCCCGCCGUCCCCACAAGCCCCGCCUUCGCCGUCGAGGACUACCUGGUCGAAACCUGCGGCCUCACCCGACCCCAAGCCCUCAAGGCCUCCGCGAAGCUCUCCCACCUCAAGUCCCCAGCCAAUCCCGACGCCGUCCUCGCCUUCUUCGCUGGCCUCGGCCUCUCCAGCGCCGACGUUGCCGCCGCCGUCGUCAACGAUCCGAAGUUGCUCUGCGCUUCCGUAAAGAGAACACUGGGCCCUAACGUCGUUGGACUCACCGGCCUCGGUCUGUCGAAUUCUGAGAUCGCCCGCCUGGCGUCUUUGUCCUAUGGCAUAUUUCGCUGUAGAUCCAUCGUCCCCAGGCUGCAGUACUAUCUGCCCCUCUUCGGCUCCUGCGAGAACUUCCUCCGGGGGCUCGAGCGCAGGUCUUUCUACAUUCUGAAUGUCAACAUAGAGAGGGUAGUCAAGCCCAAUGUAGCGUUCCUGCGGCAGUGUGGGCUAGGUAGUUGUGAUCUUGCCAAGCUGUUUACCCGUGUUCCGGUGAUGCUCACCUCCAACCCGGAGCGUGUCCAGGCAAAGGCGGCGUGUGUUGAAGAUCUACUACAUGUGCCCCGUGGCUCUGGGAUGUUCACUCAAGCGCUUCAGGCUGUCGCAUACUACAGCAAGGAAACGAUUGCCGCCACAUUGGAGUACCUGGUGAAAACAUUCAGGUGGUCGGAUGGUGAGGUCGGCAUUGCUUUGUCUAAGGCUCUGUCAUUGCUGGCGCGUUCCAAGGACAUGCUGCUGCGCAGAUCAGAGUUCCUGAUAUCCAAUGUGGGGUUGGAAUCGUCAUACAUUGCUCAUCGGCCAGUAAUGCUCACUUACAGCCUGGAGGGUCGGCUCAGACCCCGGUACUAUGUUUUAAAGUUUCUGAAGGCAAAUGGAUUGCUAGAUCGCGAUAGGGACUACUAUAAUACAGUCGUGGUCACCGAGAAGGUAUUCGCGGAGAAGUUCCUACGCCCUCACAAGGAAGCUGCGCCACACCUUGCCGAAGACUAUGCGGCUGCUUGCAGAGGGGAAGUGCCGAAUAACUUCAGAUUUAGAUGAACCAAGAAUGGGCUAUGCAAAAUGGUAACUGCGAUGGCACAACAGAAUUUUCACUGUGCCUUGUAAGCUGGUAAUUCUUGUUUCAGUGUUCUUUGCCAAAUUGGAUGUUGGUUGUCUGCUAUAGUAGGAAUGCACAGACCAAGAGGUAGAGGAAGGAUCUACAGCAUGCUCUCUGGCCCUGGCAGCAAUACACAAGGCAGCAACACAGAGGAAUGUGCUCAAACAAGUGUUCUAGUUGAGGAAGGAGGGGAGACCGGGAGAGCAAUACCCAACAAUCUGCCGUUCAUAAUUAAGAGAAGUGUGGAUGUGUGAAGAUUCUUCUUUUGCACGACCUGGAAUGAUGGUUGUGUAAAGUGUUGAUGUCCGAUGGUUAUGUUACAAAGUCUGCACUUUUUAGGAUUUUGUUUGGCCUAAAAACCUGCUGUUAUGAUCCAAUGAGAAACCUGAUGCUGUUCAUAUGUUAUGAAACUCAUGCUUCAGUUCAUGUCAAUUUUUGUGUGGCUGAAAUUAUUAUGGUAUGUUGCACCGAUUACUAAUGUUGUUCUAUUGAUUUGCACUCAGUUGAUAUCAAUAUGCCCAGGAUGGUUUGUGCCAAUAAAUGUUAUGCCUUUGUUUGGCCUAUAUAUUAUUUCUUAAUAAAUCUAGUGAAUAGUGAUGGCCUCUAUUUUUUUUGCUUUUGACACUUUUUUUGAGCUUGGAGUGAUGCCCAUGAUGAUGGCGUAAUAAUAGAAGCGGGCCUUCAACUUCUACUGUUGCAACACCGUCGAUGCCAAGAAGCUUAGGGAGAUUGGCCUCAUCGUCUACUCGAUCGGCAAGCCGCUUGGUUGCAUUGGCUCGCUGUGGACAUGCUCAAGGGCCGCGACCUGCGACUCUGCGGCGGUUGUGUGAUGCUGUGCUCCAGCAAAUAGGAUGGCUCCGCUGAAUUUGGCUAGGUGAUGUUGCUCUGGCCUUUUGUUCUGCUUGCUCAGAUUCGUAGACUGGUGACAUUUGGGUAUAAUUUAGUGGCUUCUGUUUUUAGAUUGUGAUAGAAAACUAGAAAGUAAGAACAAAUUGAGUUUUUUUGUGCAACUGCUUGCAAUUUCAGUGUCCUUUGAAAUUGGAAUUGUGUGUGUGAUAAGAACUUCUGCGCGCCCUGUGUUUUGUAAUAGUCUGCUCUCUGUAUUUCAGGCAGAAGAGCAAUUUUUGUCAAGGUUAUUAGGUUUUGAUAAUUUUGGAGGCCUAUUCUUGUCGAUACCUAUCCAAAUUUUAUUUCGGUUUUGUUUCCUCAUCUCGUAGUGUCACACGGUUGCAUGUUUGUGAUGGAAAGGUGCACUUCCCAUGUGUUUGUUAAUUACCUGAUGUGCAUUUUCUGAUCUUAAUGGGCAUGCGGCUGUUCAUCCAUGUCAGCCUACUCCCUGGAGAAUUUCAGAGUUCAUUGUGCCAAAGAUUGACUAGGUUGGUGUUCACUGUUCACAAUGACUGAUUGCUUAUGUUUAGGUGUAGUAUUCUAGUCGCAGCCACCUCGGUUUUUUUAUAAGAGCCAACCACCUUGUUUAUCCAACAAAAGGGAUGAACUCCAACAACUUCUAGUAUGUACUUCUACUUUGCUGUGAUACACAAUGCUGAAAGGUUCUAGGAGUAUUCGUAGUUUUCUCCAAUGCUUAAUGUAUAUAUGUUUACCUGAGCGCUUAUAGUAUCUUCUACAAGACCACAAAUUUCUUCAGUGAUGGAAGGGAAACAUUUGUGACGAGCAUUGCAAGCUUAUCAGUGAACCAAUCUGUUGUAGGCUGACAGGCAGGAGCUGAUGGUGGACACUGGCAAGUACAUCUACUCCUUGUUUGUGUUGAAAUAGCAAGAAAUUUCAGACCUGAAUUGAAUGAUAAAAGAUUGGAAAUAGUAUACUAGACAAGAAGGCCACUAGUACAAACCUCGGAGCAUGAGUUAUUUUGCCUGUCUCUGUAACAAGAUUGAAUUACAAAAGACCACCACCUUACAACCGUUAGGUGCACGUGACCACCAGUUUUUUUUUUCUAAGACCAACUGUUUCUCAGGCAGACGGACGCAGGGUGCACCGAUCUCUCCUUCUAUGGCAUUUUGACGGGAAAACUGUCAUGUGGGCCCACUCAUCAGGCCACGUGGCGGAGACGGUGCUAACGCCCGUUACCGCCAGCCCCGACCAGGUAGAUUGAAGUUGAUCCCCUUAUCCGGUCCGGUCCGACCCAAUUGAAGACUGUUGCAGCUAAACCAGAGGAAGAAAAAUUGAAGAAGACAGAGAUUUUUGUGUCUGAACACAUCUGCAUCCCAGUACACAGAAUUGGGUCGGACCAGACCAUAGGAAGCUGCGCCACACCUUGCUGAAGACUGAGGGCGCUUGCAGAGGGAAAGUGCUGACAAAUUUCAUAUUUACAUGAACCAAGAAUGGACUAUGAAAAUUGGUAACCGGGAUGGCACAACAGAAUUGUCACUCUGCCUUGUAAGCUGUGCUACAAUACUAGUAAACUUAGUGGGUCGAGCUCAUAUUGAAGGGCUACUCAUCAGCGACCGCACCACGGCUGCAUGAUCCUGGAGGGGUCCCUCCAAUCUAUGGUGGGUUCUCUUCAGUCUGUUGCCUGCAUAGCAGACGUAGAGGAGGUAAAAUAAGGAUGUACAGCCUGCUCUUUGGCCCUGGCUAAAAUGCACAAGGCAGCAACACAGAGUGUGCUCAAACAAGUGUGGUGGUUGAUGAAGGAGGGGAGAGCAACACCCAACAAUCUGCAGUCCAUAAUUAAGGGAAGCGUGGAUGUGUGAAGAUUCUACUCUAGGAAAACCUGGAAUGGUGGUUGUGUGAAGUGUUUAUGUGAGAUGGUUAGGUUACUAAGUCUUCACUUUUGGUUAGGAAAACCUGCUGUAAUGAUCCCCUUGGAUGAGAAACCUGUUGCAUUUGUUA